AUGAAUCAAUCUAUGGAAGGUCGUCCCCCGUAUCCCCCGUUCACAAAAGAGAGUGCUAUUGAAAAAGUUCGUGCUGCUGAAGAUGCUUGGAAUAGUCGUGAUCCAGAUCGCGUUUCGUUGGCUUACAGUGAAAAUAGUCGAUGGCGAAAUCGUUCCGAAUUUGUCAAUGGUCGUGAAGCAAUUGUUGGGUUUCUUAAGCGAAAAUGGACGAAAGAACUUGACUAUCGUUUAAUCAAGGAACUAUGGUCUUAUGAUGGAAAUCGUAUUUCUGUUCGUUUUGCUUAUGAAUGGCAUGACGACUUGGGUAAUUGGUUUCGAUCAUAUGGCAAUGAAAAUUGGGAAUUCAAUGGACAAGGACUAAUGACUCGACGUUAUGCCUCCAUUAAUGAUUUGCCAAUUAAAGAAGAAGAACGUAAAUUUAGAUGGAUACUUGGACGACGACCAGAUGAGCAUGUUGGAUUGACAGAAUUAGAUUUAUAA